AUGGCCUCCCCUAGUGUUCUCACCUUUGACGCUGAGGGUCGGGCAGUUGACUUUGAGGUCUGGGUAGAUGAUCUGCAACUUUUCCUACAGUGCGAUAGGGCAGACGGGCUCUCCUUGUUUGACCUCACUUUUGGUGCCUCUCCUGCCCCUGCUGCUGAUGCUGACGCCACUGUUCGCUCACAGUGGGCCACGCGUGAUGCUGCUGCUCGCCUUGCUGUGCGCCGCCACUUACCGACCACUGAGCGUGCACACUUUAGCCAGUACAAGAGUGCUCAGACCUUUCGGUCGGCGCUGCGUCUGCCCCGAGCGGGAGACGCCGCACCGGCAAGGGCAAGGGGGGCAAGGGCACUAGAGGGGCUGGCGGGGGCGGUGGAGGUGGUGGUGGAGGCAGUGGAGGGAGUGGGGGUGGUGGUGGGAGUGGUGCCGGGGGUGGUGGCGGCGGCGGCAGCAGUGGAGGCGGCGGAGGCGGCGGUGGUGGCGGAGGGAGCGGAGGCGGCGGAGGUGACGGAGGAGGCGGAGGUGGAGGAGGCUGCGGAGGCGGCGGUGGCGGCGGAGGCGAUGGUGGAGCGGGUCGCGACUCCGCGCAGAGGAGUGGCUCAGGUGGUGGUCCGCGCCAGCAGCAGUGGAGUGGUGUGA